AUGAAUCUUUCUCGACGAGCGACCUCCGACAUCUCACACGCGAGCGCGCAUGGGGCGGUGAUGCGUGCGAUCCUGCGCGUGACGCGGCGACGCGCGCUGUCCUGCGCGUCGUCGUCGACGCCGCGGCGCGUCGCGCCGCUCGCGUCCGCGCCUCCCGCGUCGCCGUCGCCGUCGUCGUCGCGCGCGCCGUUCUCGACGUGGGGCCCAAUCGUCGCCGCGCGCUACGAGACGUGGGAGAGGACGCGCGACGGCGCGCCGCGCGGAGGAGGAGGAGGAGGAGGAGCGCGCGCGUCGCGUCGCGACGCCGCGCGCGAUGCGGCGUCGAGCGACGCGGCGAGUCGGCGCGUGGAGACCGCGCUGCUGCGGCGCGAUUCGCGCGGCGCGGACGAGAUCCUGGCCGCGCUGAACACCGAGGACGCGCGCCGCGCGGACGCGCUGCGCGUCCUCUCCCGCGCGGUCCGCGCGCUCGAGCACUCCGCCCAGGACGCGACCGCCGCCGCCGCGACGCCGUCCUCGCGGAUCGCGCUGGAGCGCCACCCCGGGUUCGCGAGCGCGCUGACGCGAUGCGUCGCCGCCGCGGAAGCCAUCGCGGCGCGCGAGGACGACGACGGCGCUCUCGAUUGGAGCGCGCGCGCGAGCGUCGCCGCGGCGAUGCACGGCAUCGCCAAGCUGCACAGAGCGCGACGGGUGGACGCGCUGUCGCGGGGGAGAUCCGGGUCUGGGUCCGGAUCAACGUCCGCCACGACUCCAGCCACGGUGGCGGACACGUGGCGCGCGCUCGUGCGCGCGACGCGGAAGCUGUCCGACGGCUUGAACGCGAAGCAGGCGACGGACGUCGCGUGGGCGCUCGCCGUCGUCGCGAGCGACGCGUCGGCGUCGACGACGCGCACUAGAGCGCAAACGGCGACCGACCGCGUCGAGCUCGCGGAGGCGUGGCGCGCGAUCGAGGACGCGACCGCGCGCGCGCCGGCGACGCGCGCGAAGCACGCGAGCGUCGCGACGUGGGCGGCGGCGAAGAUGCAGGUGCGUUCUAUACACUGGUCCCCAUACGACCGCGUCGGCGUGGUGAACGCCGUUCCUUAA